AUGAUACGCGCGUCGCUUUCUGCACUCAUAUACAACAAGGCUGUCGAGCUGAAUUCGGAGGCCUCCGACGCAGGACGGGCGGUCACCUUGAUGAGCACCGAUGUCGCCGGCAUUGUCGACGCGGGAGAGCUGUUUCACGAAACGUGGAUGCGGCUCAUCGAAUUGACAAUAGGUGUCAUCAUUCUCGCAAGUCAGGUAAAGUGGCUGGCGUUGUUGCCAUUUGCCAUCAUAUUCGUUUGUUCAAGGGUGAGCCGUCAUCUUGCAAGGAAUCUUCGCUCCAGACAGGGAGCGUGGAACAAGGCAACACAAGACCGCAUGUCAGCGCUGAGCUCGAUAUUGGGUUCCAUGAAGGGACUCAAAAGCCUUGGUUUGACCGACAAGAUGGUUGAAUAUGUUGGAAACCUCCGAGAGCGUGAGAUUGAAACCUCAAAGCAGACGAGAUGGCUGAGGGUCAUGUAUAACUCAAGCGCCAAUGCGCUCGGAAUAUUCGCCCCGGUCCUUACCAUUGUACUCUACGCAAUCGUAGCAGAGGCUUAG